ACGAAAUCCCUCCCGGCUCCUAAGGCUGAGAAGUGAAUACCGAACGCCAUUUGUUUCGCUAAUCCUUCUUCCCUUCCUGACUUUCAUCGCACGGGUCCCUCUCAUGUCUCAUCCUCGACUUCCCCUUUUCCGGCGACCACUCAGGUGAACUGCUCUACCUCUCCUAUUGCGGCAAUCACCUCGGGCAAUAGGCCCUUCUCCACCUGGUUGCCUUCCCUCAGAAAUGCAGCGUUCCCAACUUCAUCUUGUCAGAAAUUGCAGCUGCCCCAAACUCUCACUUGUCGUCAGGAACUGCAAAACCUCUCCACUCAUAUUGCGGAAAUACAGGCUUCCACCCUCCAUUCAUAUUGCAAAACCUUCCCUUUUGGAGAUUUUGGAAAAGGGUUUUGUAUAUUUUUAAUUCAAACUAGGGAAUGGAUGAGUCGAAAAAUAACCAACCCGAGCAAGUCAUACAAUGCCGCCCUCAACCUGAGCAAGUCAUACAGUGCAACCCUCAAUCUGAGCAAAUCAUACAGUGCGACCAUGGUGUCCUUGUAGAUUAUACACCCCGGAUAGGCUUAGAGUUUGAUUCAGAGGUUUCUGCUUAUGAUUUUUACAAUGUCUAUGCUGGGAUGACCGGAUUUAGUAUAAGAAGAGAGUAUGUGAAUAAGAGUAGGAAAACAGGGCAAAUAACUUCAAGGAAGUUUGUAUGUUGUAAAGAGGGUUUUCGGGGCAAAGAUAAACGAGAUGAUUUGACAAAGAAUCCUCGAGCAGAGACCAGAACUGGUUGUGUUGCACAUAUGAUUAUUACACUAAAGAAAGGGAACAAUAAAUAUCAGGUUUCCAGCUUUGAUGCUAGUCAUAACCAUCCUCUUCAUGUUUCAGCAUGUGCUCAUAUGAUGCCAUCACAAAAGAAGAUCUCAAAUCCUCAAUCUGUUGAAAUAAAAUCCGUAGAUGAACUGAGACGUAAGCAAGAAAGUGGGAGGGAAGAUUUUGGUUUCAUGCAUCAAAGAAAAAACAAUUACCUUAAAACCAAACGUCAGCGGGAUUUGGAAUAUGGAGAAGCAGGUAGUUUGUUAAGGUAUUUCCAAAAUAAAGCUAAGGACGAUGUCUCCUUUUAUUAUGCUGUGCAAUUGGAUGUUGUUGAGCAAAUAGCAAAUAUUUUCUGGGCUGAUUCGAAAAUGAUUAUUGAUUAUGGUUUCUUCGGAGAUGUGGUGGGUUUCAACAUGAUGUAUGGAGCUAACAAAGAGUUUCGGCCAUUAGGAGUUUUCUUCGGUUUUAAUCAUCACAGGGAGACUGUUGUAUUUGGGGCUGCACUGUUAUAUGAUGAAACAACGGACUCCUUCCAGUGGUUGUUUGAGACUUUCUUUGAUGUGAUGUCAGGGAAGAAGCCUAAGACAAUCUUCACUGAUCAAGAUCCGACAAUGGCAAAGGCUAUCUCAUUUGUGAUGCCAGAAACAUACCAUGGGAUUUGUACUUGGCAUAUGAGCCAAAAUGCAAAAAAGAAUUUAGGUCUACGUUUUGAUUCUAAACAUGAGUUUUGGGCCGAAUUCAAUGCAUGUGUUUAUCAAUUUGAGGAGGAAGAGGAGUUUCAUAGUGCCUGGAAUGCAUUACUCGAUAAGUAUGAUCUUCAAGAGCAUCCUUGGCUGAAUAAUCUAUCAAAGAUUAAGGAGAAUUGGGCCUCCCCCUAUAUGAAGAGGAUUUGUACUGUGGGAAUGAGGAAUACACAACUUUGUGAAAGUUUUAAUUCGGAUCUAAGGAAUUUCUUGAAAUCUGAUAGCGAUUUGAUAGAGUUCUUUAAACACUUUGAAAAGAAGGUUAGUUUAAAGCGGUACAAGGAGUUGGAAUCUGAGUAUGAGUCAAGGCAAAAAUUGCCAAAAUUAAAGAUGAAAGCACCUAUGCUGAUACAAGCAGGAGAGAUUUACACCCCCAUUAUAUUUGAGGAGUUUCAAAAGGAGUAUGAAGAGUACCAAGGAGCUUUCAUUUUAGAGCGCAAUGAGGGGGUGUCAACAGAUGAGUACAUGGUUGCAAUUUAUGGUCAAGAUAAUGUGCGUAAAGUUAUAGGAAAACAUGUAGAGCAGACCGUUUCUUGCAAUUGUAGGAAGUUUGAGACAUAUGGAAUUCUCUGCAGCCAUGCUUUAAAAGUGCUAGAUGUGAUGAAUAUUAAGUUGAUUCCACAUCAUUACGUCCUAAAACGUUGGACAAGAGAUGCAAGGGAUGGGACUGUGUAUGACAUCACUUCUUGUGAUGUUCAAGCAGAAGGUGACUUGAAAGUUGCAGCUCGAUAUAGGUCCUUGUGCCACAAUUUGGUUAAGCUAGCAUGCCGAGCAGCUGAAUGUGAGGAAGCAUUUUUGCUUGUGGCAAACACUUCAAGUGAACUAAGCAAAAAUGUUGAAGACAUUUUAAGGAGACAAUCAAGUGCAGACCAAGAUGGUACAGGAGUUCAUGUAUCCUCCUCAUCCAUAUGCGUAAGAAAUGAACAAGAAACCCAGUUGGAGAACCCAGAAAUCCGACUUAUGAAAGCAAAAGGGAUUAAGAAGAGGGAGGGUCGUAAAGGUGGGGAAUGUUCAAAAAAUUGCAUUGAGAAGCAGGCAAAGACAACAAAACUUGACUUGAUGCUACCUCCCACAACAUUAGAAAAUUUUUAUGCUUAUCCUCCAUUUGCAUUUCACUCUCAUACAAUGGGUGCUGAUAUACCUACAAGUGCAUUACAAGGUAAUGGAGUGGAACCUCCAGUUGUUGAAAGAUUCUUACAGAAUUCAAAUCCAUAAUCCAACUGUAGUUUCUUCCCAAGGUCCAAAGAAUACUCCAUACAUUUAGGGGCCAUGCUUUAAACUGAAGUUUCUGGAGUGGAGCUUUAUGAGCAGCUUGGGCUUUGAUGGAACUUUUUUAAAGUCGGAGGUUAAAAUGAUAAUUGGAUAUGGUUCCUUUCUGAACCUGAAACCUGCUUGAGUUUGGUUCUGAGAUCAUUCCCAGGCUACCAUCUUGUCAAACGGGCAGAAGGGUAUUGUUUACUUGUUUUGCACGAGUCAUUUGAAUGAUAACUUCUGAUAGGAGUUCAACAGUACAUUGCCUUCAAGAACUUUAUUUUGGAAGCUGCUCUGCGCUCAUGGCAGUAAAAUUUGAGGCAAAAACACUGGAGAAUGAACAUGUCUCUCAAGAUGUUGGAAUUGAUGCAUCUACCUUCUCUGCUGGAUAUAACUUAUUUACAGGACACUUCGAUAUUCAAGAGUACACAAGCUAGACUGCAAUGCUUGAGUUCUUGGGUGCUUUGAGGCCUCUGUGCUUCUAGUGAUUGAGAAGAUGGAGUUUUCCUGCAUGCACUAAAUGAUCAAUGAUGGUGCAAGGCAAGUAUUUCUGCAUGACAUAUUUGUACAGUCUGCUGACAGGUGCAUUUUUAUCACCCUUGCAUGUGCAUGUCUAUCAAGCAAUACAGCAAAAGGUCGAUGCUUCAUUCUAUACACAUACCAUUGCAACAAUCCUCUCUUUCUGUUGAGUGCCCUUGCUUUACAGAGAGUUGUUUACUGGUUUCACUGCUGCAGCUUAUCAGUAUGUCAUGGCAGAUGUUUAAUCCAGUACUGGCAGUACAGACAAUAGCCUCAGGAAUGAGUUUUCUGUUGUUACUCAGAAUGUUGUGGAGAUAGCUUGGUAAAUUGUAUAGAACCACCCAAGCCAUUUUUGUUGCCAUUAGAACCAUGGGUUGGGUUAGUUCCUGCCAAAUUUGGCCAUGUAAAGUGUGUUGUACACAUUCGUGUAGAGUAACUGUGACUGAACCAAUUCACCCAAAAACAAACUGUGACCGAACCUUUAUGGGUAUACGUUAGCAACAAUAAUGUGACUGGAACUUCUAUUAAUUAGUUGGAAAUUAACACUGUA